AUGAGGGGCCUGCCAGUUACCGAUGAACGAUCAGCUGUGGAAGAAGAGCAUGAGGGAGAAGAAGUGGAGCGCGAGCUGGGAUAUCUGAGAGCCCAAGGAAGGAGGACGACGGCCGUCGAGGACUUGUUCGAGGCCGUGGGGAAAACUGUAAUCGGCAUCGCACAGACGGCUAAAAACCUGGUGACCGGAGAGGCGAAGCCAUGGGAAGGGAAGAAGUAGAAAAACUACCUUGCAGAGGACGGACAGCACGCCAACACCACCUUACAGAUCGAUUGCCAGAAGAGUAUUAAUGGAUGAUAGUCAGGGAUCCUUAUAGUCUGCCGAUCAUCUCAUAGGCCAGAUCUCGUCAAUAUGAAGUUAAUCCUAAUACUGUUCGAAGAUCCAGAUCUUCGUGCAGUGUCUGUACGUUCCCUAUCUCAACACCGCCCUGCACUAGAUUUCUCUCCUCACUGGAAGAUCAAUCUCCGGUAAUUCAAUCUAGGAUACCAAAUAUAGUUAAUCCACCACGAAAGGGAUUCCAGUCAUGGCGGAUUGUUCAGGAGAGCAUUCUACGCCACGGCGGCUUCCCGGAUUAAUGGAAAACGACAACCAAAGCCAUUCUCAGAUCUCGCACAAACGGAGAAGCCUGCCGCUAGCAGAAAUAGGGAAGGAAACGGGAAGACAACGCACCUCAGCGGUCUCGUUGAUCCGGCUGAAGUCGGCGGCGGCGGCUCCAGAAGGUUCAGGCUGAAGCGGAUCGGAUCACCGCGCUGCUGCUUUGCGAAGCCCCAACCAGACCUUGACGGGGAGGGUAAGCCUUGGCGGGAAUGCCAGUAAAUAACGGCCUUGUCCUUGACGGGGAGGCCCAACUCUCUCUCUCUCUCUCUCUCGUUUUGCAUAAAUGGUAAGUUUGCCCGUUAGGCCCAUUAGGCCCAAUUAGGCCCAAUUAUGCCCAAUUAGGCCCAAUUAGGCCCACUGGGACCUAACAUUACUUGCCUCUUGAAAGAUCUACCUUAUCUUCAAAGUAGAAAUCACUGAAUUGAUAUUGAAUAAUUGAUGCCGUGUCGCAUAUGUAUCCCUAAGCCUAGGUUGUCUAGUAGAUGUUGAGUAUAAUCCAAUGGUCCCAAUGCUCUCUUCAACUGAAAACAUGAAAAAACUGCAGCAAGCUUACUAGUAAAGGGAAGUGCUAUUUUUAGGUUGUUUUUCAAUUCAAUCUUUUCCACGACACGAAAAGAAUAAAAAAGGCCCAAUGAUAGCUUCUCAUUGACCUCAUGAGUCAACAAUUAUAUUUUUGUAGGGUCAUGGGUUCAAAUAUGUAUGUUUGUCCAUUUCAAAUCGUACAUCUCGACACCUUUUGUCGACUCAUAGCUUCAUUCUUUACUAAACCCAAGCGAAGUAAUAUCUUCUUUUGUAGUAGUUGGUCAAAAGUAAUGACUUUGGAUGUUUGAAUCCCAAAGGGUGAAAAGAAAAGGAUUCUUGUCAUAA